AUGUCGAUAAUAUCUAUUUCUGAUAAAAUUCUUAACAAUGGUAAUACAUUAAGGUUAUCAAUAUUAAAAUUUGCUAUUGAUGUAGAUUAUGAUGAAUUUGUCUUACACAAGUUUUUAAAAUGUCGCGCCUAUCCAAGCAAUAUUAAAAAAAUAGCACAGGAAACAUUAGGAGCUCAAGAUACUAUUAUUGCCUCUAAUUUCAACAAUAAUGUUAUUGAAUGGGUUAUUAAAGAUCAAAAUAAAGACAUUAUGGAAUUUAAUCAUCCAGAUGCUUCAAUUAUUUGUACCGGAUUAAUGAUACCCAAUAUCAAUAAUCAACCUGGCUUAUUACCUGAAUCCGAAUGGUGGUUUAAAUCGCAUUUAUUCGACAACAAACGUUGUUUUUGUGUAGAUAUUGAUCUUGACGAUUUAGAAAAACCAAAAGAUAAUAAACACAUGUAA